UCCUCUGCUAAACUCGAAGCCUCUUUACUGAUUGGAGGGGCAGGAAAACGAGCGCGCUGCGCGGACAUAUAAGGGGGACAUCUGGGCACAGAAUUUAAUUCUCUCAGUAUCAACUCUAGAGAUUAACCUACACCAUGUCAGGAAGAGGCAAAACCGGCGGAAAAGCCAGAGCAAAGGCAAAGACUCGCUCCUCCCGUGCUGGACUCCAGUUCCCAGUCGGUCGUGUUCACAGGCUGCUGCGUAAAGGAAACUAUGCCCAGCGUGUUGGUGCCGGAGCCCCCGUCUACCUGGCGGCUGUGCUCGAGUACCUGACCGCUGAGAUCCUGGAGUUGGCCGGUAACGCUGCCCGUGACAACAAGAAGACCCGUAUCAUCCCCCGUCACCUGCAGCUGGCUGUCCGCAACGACGAGGAGCUCAACAAGCUGCUCGGAGGAGUCACCAUCGCUCAGGGAGGAGUGCUGCCCAACAUCCAGGCUGUUCUCCUGCCCAAGAAGACCGAGAAGGCCUCCAAGAAAACCGUAAAGAUAACCUACACCAUGUCAGGAAGAGGCAAAACCGGCGGAAAAGCCAGAGCAAAGGCAAAGACUCGCUCCUCCCGUGCUGGACUCCAGUUCCCAGUCGGUCGUGUUCACAGGCUGCUGCGUAAAGGAAACUAUGCCCAGCGUGUUGGUGCCGGAGCCCCCGUCUACCUGGCGGCUGUGCUCGAGUAUCUGACCGCUGAGAUCCUGGAGCUGGCCGGUAACGCUGCCCGUGACAACAAGAAGACCCGUAUCAUCCCCCGUCAUCUGCAGCUGGCUGUCCGCAACGACGAGGAGCUCAACAAGCUGCUCGGAGGAGUCACCAUCGCUCAGGGAGGAGUGCUGCCCAACAUCCAGGCUGUUCUCCUGCCCAAGAAGACCGAGAAGGCCGCCAAGAAGUAGAG